CAGCAGCAGCAACAGCAGCAGCAGCAGCAGCAGCAGCAACAACAGCAACAGCAGCAACAACAACAACAACAAACAAGCCAAUUGCAUCCCCCAAGUCCAUACGCUCCUCCAUUUUACUCAACCUAUCACCUUCCAUCUGCGGUGCAAGAUUCUUACGCCUUGUCACAGAGUGGGCCGCAGCAGCAAGGGCCGUCAGCUAGUGCCGUCGUCACGAAUUCGUAUCUGUCUUAUUCGCGCUUAUCACAGCAACAGCCGUCAGCACAGCAACAGCAACCGCAGCAGCAACAGCAACAGCAGCCGCAGGGUCAAAACAACUCUCAGCAGCAGCGUCUGCACGACUUCCAUUCGCAAGCGGCGGCAGCAGCAGCGGCAGGGCAGGCUGCAGCUGCAAGGCCGCAUCAUUCGGCAUCGCCGGCGCUGCUGCAGGCGAUGAACAGUGGCUCGGCCGCUGGCGGACCUGCUGGCCAGCCUAUUUCGUCGUCCUCGUCGUCGCACUCUGCCGCCGCUGCCGCUGCCGCCGCUGCUGCUGCAACGUCCCAAGCUGGAUUGCAAGCAGCUUCUGCAGCUAAUCUGCACUCGCAGUCAGGAAACGAACGAAACAUCACAAUAAUGAACAUAACGGUGCCUCCGGUUGUGCCGGUACCGGCAGGUUUGCGCUACGUACAUCCUUAUCUGCCACCGCCACCGACGCCUGCUCAUUCGGCAGCUCAUCCAUCAUCUGUAUCGGGCAACGCAACUGCCGUAGUACCGAGUAUCACAGCUGCUUCUGUUUCUUCAAGUUCGAUAUUGCAACCAAAUCCAGCCGGCAAUAGACAACACGUUCCAUCGUCGGUUGCCAAUGCUGCUUAUAGCAGAGAUGUAUAUAGAAAUACCAGUUCGAAUGUUAAUGAACGUGUUGCUAUAAGCGUAGCCAGCAACGUAGCUGCAGUAGCCGAUUACACGUCAUCGAUUCGUAAUGAUCGUCCUCGAAUUUCGUUACUUCCAUCAUCGGGCUCAAUUCCUUCAUCGCCGGCGUCUGGUGCUCCGCCUUCAUCGGCGGAUUAUCAAGCAGCAGCUGCAGCAGCUUUCAGAAACACACGUCAGCCGACGAUAUUGACGAUGCAGCCUCAAGAUUAUCGACCGGCUGGAGUAGACAUUGUACAGAUACAUCCAGAUGCUCCACCGUUCAAAAAAAUCAAAUUGGGUGCUAAUCAUUCGAGUUCGAUGCAACAGCAACCAUCGCCAUCUCCGAGCCAACAGCAUUCGCAACAUCAACCACAUCCGCAUCAGACGCCGCAGCAAUCUGUUGAGUCGAGAAUAACGAGUGCACAAGAAAAUGCUAAUAGACAAAGGCAUAUGCAGCUACAACAACCGUUAAGGAUAGACGUGAGGCAAACUUAUACACCGCAAACAGAAGCUAUCUCACCAACACUUCCAGAGCAAGGUAAUCAAGAAGAUACGGCGUUUAAAGUUACCAAAGAUGAUUUGCUGCAGCAGAUCUCUAAGGUUGAUCGUGAAAUCGCCAAAAGGGAAAAAAAUAUUGAUAGCCUCCGAAAAAAACUUAAAGAGCUUGAAGAAGUUGCUAGUCAACCUUUGGAAGCGAAACGCCCAGAUGAAGAGGUUGCCCAACAGCCUAAGCAUCAUACACUGUCACAGAAGAUUUACAUGGAAAAUAGGAAAAAAGCUAUCGAAGCACAUAGGCAAUUCGUAAAACUUGGACCUAGAGUAAGACUGCCUUUAUAUAACCAACCGUCCGACACACCAAUAUACGACGACAAUCUUGCUAGGCAUCAAUGCAUAAAAACUCGAUUGGUUGCAAUUUUGAGAAAGGAACACUCUGAACGUGCAACGUUGCACCGCAUGCAAUCAUCUACGUAUGCAGUAUUGGUCCAAGAGUGGCAUAGAAAAGUCGAAAAACUAGAAAAUACCCAAAAGCGGAAAAACAAGGAAGCUAAAAAUCGCGAGUUCUUCGAAAAAGUCUUCCCAGAAUUACGCAAGCAGCGUGAGGAUAAGGAACGUUUCAACAGGGUAGGUGCAAGAAUUAAAAGUGAGGCUGAUCUCGAAGAAAUAAUGGAUGGGCUGCAAGAGCAGGAGAAGGAAGACAAGGUUGCUGCAAAUAGAGAAGCUUUAUUGGACCGUCAGCUGGAGGAUAAGAAAAUGCGGUCUUAUGCCGUAAUACCACCUCUUCUGUUAGAUGCUAGACAGAGACGCUUAGCCUUCCAGAAUCGGAAUGGUCUUUUAGCACCAGAAGAGCUGGAAUCAUUGCACAAUGAGCGUAAAAGCAUUAACGUUUGGACUCCUCAAGAGCACGAUAUGUAUAAAGAAAAAUACUUGCAGCAUCCGAAAAAUUUCGGUGCUAUUGCUCAAGCAUUUGAACAUAAGUCAGUAUCAGAUUGUGUUAUGCACUAUUACCUAACGAAGAAAACUGAAAACUAUAAGCAAAUGCUGAGGAAGUCUAGACGAACACGGACGCGUAAUAACCCUAAUAAUAAGGUUAAUAAUGCAAAUGCGAACAUUGGACCUAUCGAUAUUUUCACAACGGGUGUAACGACAAGACUGCAGCGUGAGCAGCAACAAAAAACUCAAGAAAAUCCUAGUGCAGCAGCCGCAGCAGCAGCAGCCGCAGCCGCAGCCGCAGCCGCAGCCACCACCGUGUCAACAGCGUCGACUACUACAACAUCAUCUGCAUUGAGUACAACUGCAACUAAUAGCAAUACCAACACUACAAGUUCCUCAACAAUAACAGUUGCUUCAACAGUCUCGACAAGCGUUUCAACAACUACGGUGUCAACGUUAGCUACGAGUUCUACGGCAAAUACUCAUAACAGUGGUGUCAGUAUUCAUAGUAAUAGUAACACAGACACGACUUUGACAAUUACCACAUCGUCAUCGACAUUGCAAACGACGUCGGCAGUAAGCGGGCCUGCAGUCGCGUCCGUAUCAUCCGUCCCGAGUACUAAUGCAUCUUCAAAUAAUGCUGGUGUACUCACUAAUACGACGACGACUCUAGGCAGUAGUACAGCGUCCACGGUAAGCGCCAAAGACGCACGGGAGGCUAACAAAGAAAACAAAGAUGUUAAAAUCGAGACGAAAGAUACGCUAGUGCUGUCGAAUAAAGAUGCCGUCGAUGAAAAAUCCCCUUCGAGCAGCGAUAGUCGAGAUUUAAACCGAUGCGACAGCAGCAAAGGUGCUUUGUCCUCAUCUUCGAACGUAAGCUUAAAUAAUGCUUCUUGUGUGGACAAGAAAAAAGGAGUCACGACAACAAUUGUUGGUGGUGCAUCAAGUAGAUCUAAAGAUAAAACGAAAAAAGAAAAUCACGCAACUCCUAUGGAGACUAGUGACGAGGACGCGCAGACUCAUGAUAGUUCAGCAGAUAUGGCUGGCAGACAAUUGGGGCCGUAUCCAUGUGCUAUCUGUCAAACGAUCAUCGAAGCUGGUCACCAGAGUCGACCUCUCGCGAGAUCACAGGCCUCACAAUACGGUUUAAGAGAAGACCAAGUUCAGCCCGGCGCUCGAGUAUGUAAUACUUGUCGUUGUAAAUCUGUGAGAGGACGAUGCACCACCUGUCCGCUGCCAACUUGCCCAAAUGCCAGUGGAAAUGGGGCGAGUGGUUCUUCUGGAUCGGCUACGGGACCGAAGCAAAGGAUUAAACGAUUGAGGGCUUUACCUCCCAAGUGGAUGGACCUGCCGCCUGAAAUUCGUGAUUCUAUAGUGCAGGAAUUCCAAAUUCCAAGCAACGCAACAAAAUGUUGUUCGACGUGCUUUAGCCGUAUAUCUCGACGCUUGGCUCCUCAUUUUGCGAACCUUGGAGAAAGUCAAAUAUCUGGAACCUCGUCAAGCAAUAUCGCCGAAGAAUCAGCUCAAUGGAGCGAGGAAGAAAUAGAUAGACUCAAAAAAGGGUUGCAUGAGCAUGGUCCCAAUUGGCAAAGGAUGCACGAGGUUGUCAGAACAAAGUCAGAUCUUGAAUGCAAACAGUACUACAUGACUUUCAGAAAGCGUUUGAGUUUGGAUCAACUAGUUGCUGAAUAUUACCAGGCCAAAGGUGAAGAUCGACGACCAUGCUUGACCGACGAGGAAGAAAGUAAUAGCAGUACCAGUAGCUGCGAUGAAAUGCCCGUGCAUGACUCGAGCGAUACAAGGAGCGCUGACAGUCCGACGCAUAAUCAUAUAACGAGCAGCGCCCAACAGGCAGGGUUGAAUUCUAGCAGUAUGUUGGGUGUUCUGCAGCAUCAUCAGAGCCAUCUUCCACCGGUUCGGAAAGUUAUACUAUUGGAUGGAGGGUCCGGAAGUGUUCCUCACUCUGGGCUUUUGGUGUCACCCUUAUGCCCUAGUAUUUCUUCAGCUACCGUUUCUGCUACGACACUCUCGACAAGCACAACAAUGAGCGCUAAGGAAGACUACGAUAGCUCUGCCACGGAAACUGCGGAUGAGGUUUGCAGCGUUGAUUUAGAGAAUAGUGGUAACAACACUUCAAAUGCCACAGCGAAUCCAAUUAAUCAACAGCAAGCAAGCCAGCAGAUGACAAUUCUAUCAAUACCUCCUCCUCAGCAGUCGGCUUCUUCGCCCCCUUCUUCAGCUGGAAACAAUCCGCUGACCGUAAAGGAUUUGAUGCUUGGUGUUAUUGAAAUGCAACUCAAGAGAAAUCCUAAUACACCAAACGAUCCGGUUUCAAGCGUGCCAGUAAGCUCAGGCACUCCAACUAUUUCAAGUAUUUUGACUGAACAUCGUUUCCCAUACAAAGCUGGGUCAAGCUCUUCGGGAUCCGCUCUGCAACAGCACUCAAGACCAUCUGAAAGAGAACAAAAUCGAGCUACUCUUUCGGUUGUUUCAAAUCCUCAUCAUGGCCACAGAGCAGCGUCUAGUCCGCAGCAGUUGGGUCAAAUACAAACAAGUUUAACGGCUAGUCAAGUUGCAGCAUCAUCCCAGCAGCAACAAACUCAAGCUCAACAGUCCCAAUCGCAACAAGGUCAACCUAAUCAAGACAUGCUACCUAAAGAAGGUCUUGUUGUUAUGCAAGUACAGCAAACGGCAGCAAUGAGGGACACAGAGGGUACACUGGACCUCUCAAUCAAAAAGCCUCGCCAGCAAGAACAAAAUCACAUGCUGCAACCUCCGCAGCAAGUACAUAAACCAACUGUUGUAAGCCAUUAUCGACCAGAGCCUCCUCAACCAACAACGUACUACCAUCCUCAUCCUGGUCAUCCUGGACAUCCCGAACCUCCACGUGGAGCGACGAAGAGUCCUCAUAUAUACGUAUCGUCGCCAAGACCUCAAGCACCGAUCACAACCAAGAUCGGUAAGGUGCAAGGACCCCAGGUCGGAUCUCACCAAAAACCGACUCAAAAAAUGAGCGGUAUGCCGGGUAAUGUGCACAAGCCCGGUGGUUCGAUUACUCAUGGUACACCAGUGACGAGUACACGAUUUGAAGUACUGCGUCAAAUGACUCCACCGGGUAAUAUCAAUCAGUCUAAUCCGAGUCCUAAUCCUGCUAGUGGAAAAGAAGGCGGCUCGAUCACUCAGGGCACACCUGUUCAUCAGUAUGCUGUAGACAAACGGAGCGGUGCUCUGUACGAUUAUCAUCGCUCGAUCAGGCACUCACCGGUUAGUACAGCCAAUGUUCCUCAACAAUCGCCAAGCUCUGGUGUAGUAGUCAGUCAUGGCCAAAGUAGCAGCAGUGGAAGCCAAUACAAUUCUUAUACUCCACGCCAGCCUUCAAGCUACGCUAUGGAACCGAUGUCAUCGCGACAAAUUAUAAUGAAUGACUACAUUACUAGCCAGCAAAUGCUUCCACGUAAUCGGGGCGGUAAUCCAGCUGAGGCCAACAAGAGCGAAACACAAGCACCGGGUAGUAUGUAUUGUGCCAGCACUCCUCCACCACAAUCUCAUCAACAGCCACGACAGGGUGUUAUUCAAAGGCAUAAUACACCUAAACACUUUACGGCUCCACCACCUGGCUUAGAAGCUUUUUCUAGUCUCGUGGAUGUUGCUGUACAGCAACCAAGUUUACCCGUUCCUCACGCUCCACCAUCAGCACCUAGCAGCAGUGGAACUCACGAGGGCCUUGUUAUGUCGAUCGAACGCAUGUAUGGGGAUCGUUACGGGGGCAUAGACAGUCGUGGAUUACCGAGAAUGCCUCGUGGACAAGUUACCCAGUACCAAAUGGCUGUAGCUAUGGAACAUCAACAAAGAGAGCGUGAAAUAAUGAGAGAGAAAGAAGAACAAGAGCAACAACAACAGCAAAGGAUUCAACGCGAAAAAGAACAUCAGCAACAAAUGGAUCGCAUUCAUCAGCGGGAAAAAGAGAUUCAACAACAGCAACAAGAACACAGGUUGGUUCAGCAGCAACAAGAAAUGGCUGCGGCUCAUGCUCAAGCUGCUGCUGAUCACAGAGCAGCCGUUCAGCGUGAAAAAGAAAUACACCAUCAGGACCAGCAUCGAUUAAGUAUUCAACGAGAAAUGGAUAAGCAGCAUUACAGACUCGUACAACAGCAACAACAUAUUGAAAAAGAGAUGCAGCAUAUGGCUGCCGCUCAGCGCGAAAAAGAACAUCAAGAGCACAAAAUGGCUGUUGCACAAAGAGAAAGAGAAAUUCAGCAACAGCAACAGCAAGAAAUGAGAAUUGCUCAUCAAAAACGAGAAAAAGAGAUGGCACAACAACAAGCUUACUUGCAACAAAGAUAUCAAAAACAACAGUCGCAACAUAUGCAACACCGCAUGGAAUCAGAACGUCAAAGAAACAUCGUUUCUCAUAUCUCCUAUAAAGAUAUUGAAAGCCAAAACUUAUACCGUGACAUGACCGAGCGACAGUGCGACUCGCCAGCUAAUGUCAAGACUGGUGCGUACUAUCAACCGUCGAGAAUUCAACAACAGUCUCACCCACCGGCGCCUUCGUCCUCAAGACAACAGCACAAUCAAACAUCUUCAUCAUCAUCAUCUUCAUCGAGUCAGCAGGGUAAAAACAAUACUUUAACAGCGGCGAGUUUGAUUGAUGCUAUCAUCACGCACCAAAUUAAUCAAGGCUCAGGCUCGGAUGGUUCAGGACAAUCCAACAGUAAUCAGCCUACUCGUCCUGGUGAUAGACUCUUCCAAGGUUUUCAUCGAGAUAGCCCUGCUGAACCUAAUGGUAUGGUACAUAGUCCAGCUAACGAUGACAAUUCAAAUCGGGAUAAUAGUUCUUCCAGUGGUAUUAAAGGUCUUACCAUUGCUGAACAUGUUGAACAUGUUGUUAAUAAAGAUUACACACCUUCUAUGUCUUCUUAUCGACCUUACUCUGGAUAUCAGAUAGCAGAUGAUCAAUGGAAACGUCGUAAAGGCGUGACUGAGCCAGAACCUGGAAAGUCGGGUGAUGAACGUCAAAUAAUUCGUGUGGCUCAACAACAAAAGCCUUCUUCGUCUUCGCAAUCACAGCAAUCCCAGCAGCAAUCGUCUAAAACAUCGCAACAGCAACAAUCGUCGCAACCUACUUAUCAUACUGAGCCGGUAUCGCCACCUGAACCAACCUCGAAUCAUUUCUCUCGACGGUUUUACGAAGCGAGCACUGCCACUACUACUACAAGUUCGUCUUCUACGCAAAGUAACAAAUCUCACUUGUCCCCUCUUGACUAUGUAAAAAACAAAAUAGUCGAAGUAAUGCGUACUGAGGACGACAAAACGAGUUCGGGUGAGCGAAAUGGCUCCAGCUCAAUUGACAAGGAUGACAAGGCUGAUAAUUCUCCACGCGGUGAUAUGGUGAUCGACGAAUCCCCGAGUAUUCAAUCAACAAGUCACUCGCAACAAGCACCGCCACAAAAUACACCGGCCAAUUUCUACCCAUAUAAUGCAUUGGGUGUUCAUACAGGACCUCCUCCUCCACCACCACAAGCAAAUGCUGUUCAACAAACUGUUGUAUCGAAGAGCGAAGAACCUGCCCCUUUGCUCUCCGCGCAGUAUGAACCACUCUCUGAUGAAGAUUGAGAUUCUUUUAUUAACACGCGCAGCUUGUGAAUGAAAGCUCAGUAGGCUUUUGAGAUAUUAAUGAGAUAUUGCAACUGGUAUUUGUAAGAACAACCAUGCACCUUCAAUUAUUUUAGUUAUUUUUGUUUUAAGAAAUUUUACUUUUUAAUGUAAUCAGUAUGUGGAAUUAUGGUCUCGUUCCGACGAUGGUGGUACGAAAAAUAUUUUUUAUUGUUUUUUUUUCUAAUAGAGCAACAGUGUAAAUAUAGCUUGUAAUAGUUAUCUCGAUAAAGAAAAUUAAGAUUUGA